UGAUAGGAGCGGUAUAUACCGGCCACACGUUAGGUUUCUAGCCUCCUAUACUACUUCUUCGUUUUGUUCAUUUGCAUCGCAAUAGAAUGUCUUCUCUUCUGAAAGUGGACAAUGAAAUUAAGACUAAGGAAGAUCGUAGUCAAACACUUAGGUGCUGUAGGUCCACUUGAGUGUUGCUGCCCCUCUCUGAGGAAGUACAAGCCUGCAGCUGUGUCUGUGCUCCAGUGUUCUGAUAGACAUAAAAGUAAGAUGUUUGUGGAGCAGGGUUCAUGCAGCUGUCCAAAAAGCCUUGAAGAAAAAUGUGAUUUCUCUCAAUUCGUACAUCUCAUGUUAAAUAACAAGCCACACUCCUUUCUUGAUGAUGUCAUGGUUGAUGCAUUCAGGGAACGAAUCACUGGUGAGGCAGAAGACUUAGUUGCAAAUUUUUUUCCAAAAAAGUUGUUAGAACUUGACCACUUCCUCAAGGAUCCAAUCCUCAACAUCCAGGAGCUGAAAGAUAUACACUGUGAAAUCAAUCUGAAGGUGCCUGACCCCAUACUACUUACAAACAGUCAUGACGGUCUUGAUGCGCCUAAUGCUAAAAGGAGGAAAAUGGAAUCGGAAGCUGAGGAUGACAGCUGUCAAGUGGCCGGAACGAAAGUGUUUGUCAUCCCCGGAGGAAUGAUGAAGAGCAACAAUAAGCUGGUAGACUUGAUUGAGAAAGUGAAGCCGGAAAUCAGAACGUUGAUAGAGAAAUGCAACACGGUGAAAAUGUGGGUUCAGUUGUUAAUCCCACGAAUAGAAGAUGGCAACAACUUUGGUGUCUCAAUCCAGGAGGAGACGGUAGCUGAGCUCAGGACAGUUGAAGGAGAAGCGGCUUCUUACCUGGACCAGAUCUCGAGGUACUACAUCACAAGGGCAAAGCUGGUUUCGAAAAUUGCAAAGUACCCUCAUGUGGAAGACUAUCGGCGCACAGUGACAGAGAUUGAUGAAAAGGAGUACAUUAGCCUCAAGAUCAUCGUGUCAGAGUUGAGGAAUCAAUAUGUCACAUUACAUGACAUGAUUCUGAAGAAUAUUGAGAAGAUUAAGAGGCCGCGCAGCAGCAACACUGACGCACUAUACUAAAUCCUACUGGAACUCUCCUCCUGGGGCCCCUUUUGAACCCUUCACCUUCGUCCAUAGUGCUGUUAACACCGUUGGCAACUUGGUCUCAGUUCUGAUGGAGUGGACUGUUAAAACUGGGCUGAGAUGGACCUGUAGGUGUUGCAAAGCACAGAUGAGCUUUUUGUUUUAGGUUUAUCAAUGUUUGCCCUUUUAAACAUAAUGAAGAAUGGGCUGCUAAAUGUCCAGUGGUCACAAUACAUCUUACUUGCCCCAUGCAAAUCAGGGUUUAAGUGCAUCCAUGAAAAACGCUCUCAAAAAUGGAGCUUUGGUAUUUCUCCGUUGUCAGUUCGCAGAUGUAUCUUAAUGCUGGAAUGCCAUUUACAGUUUGUCAAAGCCUGAAUCGGACUCAGUUUCAGCGUAGCUCUGUAGCUGUGUUCCGUAAGUCGGAGGCAUUUGCUACUGCUUCUCAAGUGGCAUAUUGUCAGACUGCUGAAAUUGACCACUCUUUGUGUGCUUUGGUCUUUGGACCACAAAUUGUCAAGUAAAUGAUACCUUUUUCAUUUGUGAGAUUUUUUUUUUUUUUUUUUUGAAAUGUAAGAUGACAUUCAAUGACCCUAUUUGUUCUCCAUUGUUCUGUGUUCUGCAGUUUGUCUGUAGCCUUUUUUUUCCCCCCCAAGUAGGAAACUUAAAGGAGACAAACCAUGGUUUUCGGCAUCCUUUGUGUUGAGUGUGUGAAGUUUUGUAACUGCAUUCUCAAUAUGUGUUAAUGCAGAAAAAUCAGUUACAGUGGCAUAUAAUGGAUGUAUCUGAGUUGCCAACCAAACUGACUCUUGGGGAUUUUUUUUUUUUCAUUGGUUCCACAACAGCAUCCAAUCCUUUGAAGCAACAUUUUACUUAAAAAGGUUCUUGAAAGUGUUUGUUUUAAAGUUAUUUUACUUAAUAAAAUGUAAAAUAAGUUAA